AUGCCCCUCAAAAGUCGUAUUCGAUUUCCCGACCCAGAGUUGAACACCUUCACCACCUCGAAAAUGGCUUCCAAAUAUCACAAGCUCGUUGGAAAACAUGUCUUGAUUAUCGGAGGCACAUCUGGAAUGGGUUAUGCUGUUGCCGAAGCAAGCCUUGCAUCUGGAGCUCAUGUCACCAUUUCUUCCUCGAAUCAGGGUCGUGUGGAUGAGAAAAUCAAGAAACUCAAGGAAGAUUAUCCUGCCAGCAAAGUUCAGGGCUUCGUCUGUGAUCUUUCACGCAGCAGUCUCAAGCAAGACAUUGAAGAGCUCUUUGCAAAGGUCGGAAAGCUCGAUCACAUUGUUUUCACUGCAACGGAGCCGCCAAAGAUGCUCACAUACGACGAGAUCUCACUAGAAUACUGGCGCGAUGCGGGGCAAAUGCGUCUUUUUGCGCCUUUUUUUGUGGCCCAAGUCGGCGCAAAAUAUUUGAACCCUGGGCCCGAGUCUUCAAUCGUUUUGACCACCGGAACCUCCUCUGAAAAGCCAAUUGCGGGAUGGCCAGUGGUCGCCUCUUAUGCGGCUAGCCUUAAAGGGCUGACCCGGAAUUUGGCUUUGGAUUUGAAGCCAAUUCGCGUCAACAUUGUCAGUCCUGGGUUUGUUGAGACGGAAUUAUGGGAUCAUCAAGAAGCGGACGCUAGGAAGGGUCUCUUUGAUUGGAUCAAGACAGCCACAGCUCUGCAGAAAAUCGGGUCUCCGGAAGAGGUCGCAGAAGCCUUUUUAUGGCUCAUGAAGGACACCAAUGUUACUGGCAGCGUCGCAGAGACCAAUUCUGGCAUGAAGUUGGUGUAA